AUGGCGGAGCCCCUGCGGAGGACGCUCGGCCGGCUCCGAGAGCCGCACGCUCCCGGGGCACUCGGGCUGCACGCGGACUCCGUGGCGGCCUCGCUCGCCGAGGGACGCUCGUCGUCCCACGAGCUCGCGGGCCCCGGCAUGGAGCGGCCCGCGUGGGGGACCGAGCAGCCGGGCGCGCGGGUCCCAGGGUCUCGCGGGGCGCAGGAGGCCGCCGCUCUGGGCCGCGCGCUUGCUCGCGCCUCUCCAGGCACCCGGGGCAGCGACGACGACGACGGGGAGGACGAGGGCGCCGACUACUACGAGAACCUGCCCGCGGGCUGCGCGCCCGAGGGGGCGGAGGCGCUGCGGGCCUCGCCUUCCCGAGCGGCGGGCUCCUCCCCGGGGCUGGAGGGCGGCCGCCUGGAGACGGGCAGGCUGCAGACCCAGUUGCGAGAGGCCUAUUAUCUGCUGAUCCAGGCCAUGCACGACCUGCCCCCUGACUCGGGCACGCGGCGGGGCGGACCCGCGGGAGCCCGGGCUCAGGGCCAGCAGCCGCCUCUCCCCCGCGGCGCAGCCGUGCGCCCAGCCUGCAGCCCCCGAGGCGGCGACCGCCCUCCGCAGCAGGUGUCCCCGCCCCGGUCGCCUCCGACGGAGUCGAGAGUGGGACGGCCUCCCAGUCCUCGGAUGCGACUGUCCGGUUGCAGAAGUCUCGAGAGCCUCCGCGUGAGCCGGCAGCCGCCUCUGCUCCAGCGGUGGGCGAGCGACAGUUGCAUCAUCAGGUGCGGUGCGCACCGGGACAGGGACGAGCCCCAGCCACGUGGAGGUGGGAUGGACGGCUGGAGCCCGGGCAGCCACCGGGCUGCUACGUCCGCAGCUCUCCUGCCUCCCAUCUGCCAUGACCCCAGCCGGUCUUCGGGACAACCCUUUAAGGAUCCUGUGGGGACCUCUGUGAUAUCCAACAGCCAAGAGGACCAUCCGGAGGAUCUUCCCCUCCUCAAGCCACCUGCGGUGACUGUCAAGAAACUGCAGAAGUGGAUGUACAAAGGACGUCUGCUGUCCUUGGGGAUGAAGGGUCGCGCUCGCGGGACAGCACCCAAAGUUCCCGGAGCGCAGGCAACCUCUCCAAAUUUGGGCAGUUGGAAAGUGCAUGAAAACCACGUACUCUCGGUGACAGCGGACCAAAGAGUUACACUGACAGACUUAUUUGAGAAUGUCUAUGGGUCUCCACUGAAGAAAAGAGAACCUGAAGAUGUAAGGAGUCCCGCCGAGCUUAGAGGUCACCAGCCCCUUAACAACAUCACUGUUUCAAAGAAGCGCAAUUGGCUGUAUCAGAGCACUCUGAGAUCUCAGAGUCUGGACGAGAGUAAGAGAAGCCAGGACAGACGCUAUUUCUCCCUCUCCCCCGUGUCUCCGCCCAAGCAUCGGCUAUCCCACAGGGCACACUGCAUGCAUGCGGUGUGUAAUGCUGCCAGCACUACAAUAUCCAGAAACAGCUCUUCAGCCUUUAGCGAAGACAAUGAUGCAGAUGAUGAAGGAGAAAUAUGGUAUAAUCCCAUUCCUGAGGAUGACAGCUUGGGCAUAGCACAUGUCUUGAGUCUUGAAGAGGCAAACACGGCCACCCUGAAGCUUCCUGUGAGCACGUUGUCUGCCAGAGAUCUGAUGAAGGCAGGGCCUCAUAGUGAAGACAGAGGGGACGUCCAGACCUCACAGUCCAAUGGAGUUAGUUAUGCAGAUUCCAUUCAUUCUACAGAAAUUAUGCAGCACUGCAAACAAAGGUUAGGACACAGGACACAAGAAAGCCCGGUGGCAGAGGACAGCCCUGUGUUGAAAUCUGCUUUUACAGGUCCCGGGAUCAUAGUCUCUACAAAUAGGACUGAACUGAGAGCGAUGGAGCCAUCUUCUCCAAGCCCCAGCCCUGUGAAGAAAGGCAGUUCGAUUACUUGGUCUUUACCAGAUAAAAUAAAAUCUCCACGCACUGUGAGGAAACUUUCUAUGAAAAUGAAAAGGUUGCCAGAAUUCAGCCGGAAGCUGGGGGCCAGGGGAGCUCUGCACUAUGUGAAUAGUCCGGAUAGUACCCCUCCUUUGUCUAAAUGGAACUGUCGAGAAAUUCCUCAGAGUGUCAGUCUGACUUCCGGAAACACCACCAGGAACGUAAUAAGCCGGUACCAUCUUGAUACCACCGUAUCCUCUCGACACAGCUACCAGAAGAAACCCCUUGGGAGCUCGAAGUAUUCCUGUAAGAAUGGGUACCUCAGUGACGGAGACUCACCCGAACUUAGGACUAGAUCUAGCAAGCAUGGAUCGGAGCACAAACUUGGGAAAGGGAGAGAAACCGUUCCAAGCAGUUGUAGCAAAAAUGAACUAGACAUUGGUGCCUUCAGACAUUACAGCUUUGCGGAUCAACCCAAAUGCUCGCAGUACAUAUCCGGCCUCAUGAGCGUGCACUUCUAUGGAGCAGAGGGUUUAAAACCGCCCCGGAUAGAUUCAAAAGAUGUCUUUUGUGCCAUUCAGGUAGACUCGGUAAACAAAGCCAGGACGGCUCUGCUCACCUGCCGGACGACCUUCUUAGACAUGGACCACACAUUCAACAUAGAGAUUGAAAACGCACAGCAUCUGAAGCUGGUGGUGUUCAGCUGGGAGCCCACGCCGAGGAGGAACCGCGUGUGCUGUCACGGCACAGUCGUCCUGCCCGCUUUAUUCAGAGUGACAAAAACGCAUCAGCUGGCUGUCAAGCUGGAGCCCAGAGGCCUUAUUUAUGUCAAGGUGACCCUGAUGGAACAGUGGGAGAAUUCUCUCCACGGCCUGGAUAAGAACCGAGAAGCGGUGAUGUUCGGAGUCGACAUUCAAAAAGUUGUAGAGAAGGAAAACGUGGGCUUGAUGGUGCCACUGCUGAUACAGAAAUGUAUUGUGGAGAUUGAAAAGAGGGGCUGUCAGGUUGUAGGCCUGUAUCGACUGUGUGGUUCAGCGGCGGUGAAGAAAGAGCUUCGAGAGGCUUUUGAGAAGGACAGCAAGACUGUUGGUCUGUGUGAAAACCAGUACCCAGAUAUAAAUGUAAUCACAGGGGUUCUUAAGGACUACUUGAGAGAACUUCCUUCUCCCCUAAUAACUAAGCAGCUGUAUGAGGCUGUGUUGGAUGCUAUGGUGAAGAGUCCUUUGAAGAUGUCAUCGAGUGGCUGUGAGAACGAGUCCAGUGACUCCAGGCUCACUGUUGGCCUCCUGGAUUGCCUGCCAGAUGUUGAGAAGGCAACCCUAAAGAUGUUGUUAGAUCAUCUGAAACUGGUGGCUUCCUACCACGAAGUGAAUAAGAUGACCUGCCAGAACUUGGCUGUGUGCUUUGGACCAGUGUUGCUUAACCAGAGGCAAGAGACUUCAACCCACAACAACAGAGUCUUCACCGAUUCGGAAGAACUUGCCAGUGCUUUGGAUUUUAAAAAACACAUCGAGGUUCUUCAUUACUUGCUCCAGCUCUGGCCAGUGCAACGCUUAACUGUCAAAGAACCCAGAGACAGUUUGUGUCUGGAGCAGUUGUCUUCUCUGAAUUACUUGAGGCGAAGGAAAGAGCGACCGUGUGUAUUAAAUCUGAGCGGUACAGAUUCAUCAGGGGUGCUGAGGCCAAGGCAGGCCGGAUUAGACAGUCCACUGAGCAACCGCUAUGCAGGAGACUGGAGCAGCUGUGGGGAGAGCUACUCUUUAAAUACAAGAGAAAGUGUCAAGGAGUUGGACUAUGAUGAUGGUCCCUUAGAGGAUGGAGAAAGUAGACACUAUGGCAAAAUGGAUGGAGCAGAAGUCAUGUCCGCACAACAAGUCCCCAUGUCAGGAGGGUGCACGUUUCAGACGUACUUGACGGUACAGACCAUUGAAUCCACGGUGGAUCAGAAAGCUAACCUCAGAGAUCUGCAAGAAAGCAUUGAUACUUUGAUUGGCAAUCUGGAACGUGAGCUCAACAAAAACAAGCUGAACAUGAGCGUUUGAGAUGGAGGGCUUGAUUUAUUUGUGAUGAUGUCAUCAAGUUUCAUGUCAAUCCUUUUUCUGGGGAUAUAUAUUGGAACCUUAAGUUAAUUUCUAAUAAGUUCAUGCCAUUCAAUGAUAAACACUAUUCAUUAAUAUGGUUAUUUUACUUAUGAACUGAGCUGUUCUGGGCAUAAAGGUAACCAGACCUUGGGGGGAUAUAUUAAUAAACCUUGCCAAUUGUAUGAGGGGACAUGCAGAUGUUUGUCAGGGUCGGGUACGUUAUUACCCCGCCAAGGCUUCGGCGAGAACUGUUUCUUAUGUAGGUGGAGACAGAUGUUUUCUGCAGAGGACAAUGCAGCUGGACAGGCUGAUUUGCAGAGUCCCUGUGCAAUGUCAUUUGGUCAUAUUUCAUUUGCAAUAUGAAUGCUGCUGCUAUAAGAAAAAAUUUUAUAAAUGUAAAAUUAUACAGGUAUUAAUGUAUUUU